UCGAUUCACAGAUGAUUUACACACCACAGGCCCCAGGAAAACUGCCGACGCCGCGCUAGAAUCGGCCGCGGCCCCCGCAGAGGGAGGGCCGCGGCGUCACGAAUGGCGACAUCAUGAGCAAGCCUCCUCUAGGCCAGGAGCGCGUCGAGCCGCGCCGUGAGGUCGCGGGGGUGCACGCCGGCGAACGACUCCACGGUGCCGGCGCCGUCGACCACAAAGUAGGCGCCGAAGUUCCACUUGAUCUGGCACGGGGCCUCGGCCUUCAGAUAAAGGAAGACUUCGUCGGCGCCCGGCCCGUUGACUUUAACUUUCUUCAUCAGGUGCAUGCCGGGCCCAUCAAAGCCGCGGCCCCGCGCGCCCGCCAGGAUCUCCUCGGCCGAGCCCGACUCCUGCUUCAAAAACUGGUUGCAGGGAAACGCUAGAAUGUGCAGCCCGCGCGCACCGUAGGCUUGAUUUAAUUUCACCAGGCCCUUGUAGUGCGACGCGGUCUUGCCUCAUUCGGACGCGACGUUCGUGACGACGCAGACCCUGCCCGCGAAUUCCUUGAAAUUGACGGGAUUGCCCUGG